AUACCACCCCCCUGGGUCAUUACUCUUACCAUCGUUGAUGUAUACUUGAUAACCCACACUCUUUUUUACUAAAUUUCUAAUUUACAUUUUGUGUUAGUGAACGCAAAGAGGUUUUUUUACGCAGUUAGUCAUCACAUGAAUUAAGACAUACAUUACGCACGACUUAUCAGUUUUAUCAUUCGUCGUUCGUCGUGGAUGUGUAGUAGACAUUUGCCGACCUCAAUUUAUCGUUCGCACGUCCAUCCGGUCGACCCCCUGCUACUACUACUAUUUACCUAUGUCUAAGGAAUUAAGUUUGGAUGAUAUCAUACAGAAGAAGAAAACCUCAAUCGCAAUGAAAAAUCGAGGCAUUAAAAAGCCUGUCACGAAAAAUGCAACUAAGACAGCAAACGGUGCUUCAAAUCAUCUCAAGGUCAGCAAACGCAUUGAGGAUGCUCGGUUGAAAAUUAUCCAGAUAAAAAGAAAUCACAUGGUUGAUGCUAGGGAUAAAUUGGCCCAAAUGGCAAGGCUUAGUGAUGCUCGUUUAAAGUUGCAAAAAUUGAGGGCUGCCCGUUCAAAGAAAGUUGAUCCAGUAAGUAUGUCACGGAAAACUGGAUGCACUGGUCAAAUAAGUUUAUCCACCAAUAAGCUAACGGUUCCACGUAUACCACGUACUGUGUCAUCAUUUGUUCCACUUCAUUCAAGACCCUUGAACUACAGGCCAACUAUGAUACCAGAAGCACACUAUGUUAAUGAGAUGAUAGUGGGAUACAACAACGAUUAUUUAAUGGAUCAUCAAGCUGCCCUAAGACGGACUGUUAGCAAUGAUUAUGCGCCAUCACUACCUCCUCCACCUCCUAUUUUUAACAUUAAGCCUUCACCAUAUGACUGGGAUAAGCCAACUCAUGGCAGCUCCUUAUCUAGAAGUCAGUCAAUUCGUACAGUUGAUCAAAGCAGGCCCCGAGACUAUAAAGUUAUCACUCGUACUGGAUUGCCGAAAAGCGAGUCUGGCCAUGUGUACAGAGAUGAUUGGGCUUUUAGUUCAAAAACACGUACAAUUUUGCCAGAUUCUGCUCUAAACUCCAAAUAUUACGCAAUGAGAAGUCACAAAGGAGAUGUAGGUGUUAAAUCAAGACUUGAGUCUCACCCUUCCAAGGCUAGUCGACUUACAGUUAACUCUUCUCGCUCGAAAUCAAGUUCUCAAACACCUGGAUAUCGAAUCGUUGUAUCCAAUUUGCAACCAAAUGUCACUCAAGAAGAUAUAAAGGAACUAUUUGAGGAUGUAGGAGAGCUACUUGUUUCAACUUUAACAAGACCUGGUGUAGCUGAAGUAACUUACAAGAAUUUGAAGGAUGCAACCAAAGCUGUUGAAACUUAUCACAAUCGUCAAUUAGAUGGACAUCCAAUGAAAUGUCUCCUUGUCCCUCCUGGACAAAAAACUUCAUCCUCAACGUCAUCAGGAAAAAUACUAUCUCAGUCAAGAGUCUCCAGUGGUUAUUUGCAACCAAGUUUGGGAAUGGUUCAUCGUGCAUUAUUUGAUUAACAGUGAGUCAAAUGAGUCUAUUAACAUCAAGGACUUUGAUUGUUUCAUACUAAAACCUUUUUUAAACCAUGUAAAACUACAAUUACAUUUAAGAUAAAGUGUCAAGUUGCAUUACCAAACCUAUAAGAAUUCUUUCCAAGUGUA